AUGGCUGACUCUGUGUACAAGGAGCUGCAGGGCCCGACAGGGGUCGACGUGGCCACCCGGGGCUUCUUCCUGCCGCACACUACCAGUGUCAACCUGGCGACGGCUCGUGGGACAAAGGUGUGUGUCUACUCGCUCGAUACCGACGGCUUUGACGCGGUCUCCCAUGCCAAGCUCGAGCUUGUUGCCGAACUCUCGCUGCAUGGGCGGGUUGUGGCGCUGGAGGCUGUCCGCUUCCCGGGCUCGAGCUACGACUCGCUGCUUAUCUCGCUGCCCGAGGCCAAGGUCACUGUCGUCCAGUGGGACGCCUCGCGCCACGAGUUUGUCACCACCUCGAUGCACCUGUUCGAGUCGGAUGAGCUUCGCUCUUCGCGGGUCCAGUUCUUCCCCAACCCCAAGGCUGUGGUCGAUCCGGACAACCGCUGCGCUGCCAUGCCCAUUUACAACACCAAGCUCGCCAUCAUGCCGUUCAAGGAACUCGGCGAGGGCGCACCGGCUGGUGGCGCUGGCGCGGCAGGCCGGGCCGCUGCUGGGCCGUCCGAGGCCAAGGCGUCAACCGGCUCGGGCGUGAGCAAGGCGCCUAUCCGGUCGUCGUUUGUGGUCGACCUGCUCGAGGUCGACCCGAACAUGCGGUACAUCAUGGACGUCGUCUUUUUGCACGGCUACUACGAGCCGACGGUUCUAGUUCUCUUUGCCUCGGACCUCAACUUUGAAGGCCGCAUGUCGGACUCGUUCGACAACUGCCGGCUCGCCGCCAUCUCGCUCAACAUGCAAACCCGGACGUUUCCGGUCAUCUGGCACGCCGAGGGCCUCUCGCACUCGGCUUUCAAGCUUGUCGCCGUCCCGCAGCCCAUUGGUGGCGCCGUUGUCCUCACCAACAACGCCAUCCUGCACUACCACCAGAACCUCGGGGCCGGACUCGCCGUCAAUGGCUACGCCUUUGACAACGACGGCUCUUACCCGUUCCUCCUUGGCGACACUGGCUUUGCCUUUAACCUCCAGCCUUCGGCCGCCGCGGUCCUUGACCCGCAGAACAUCAUUGUGGUCAACCCGUCCGGCGACAUCUUUAUGCUUCAUAUGCGCCCGCGCCCGGCUGAGGGCAUUAAGCUGACGCUAACCAAAGUGGGCGGCUGCAUCCGCGCCUCCACCAUUGUCGCUCUCUCGCCCCAUCUCUUCUUCCACGGCUCGCACGUCGGCGAUGCCCUGCUCAUCGCCUUUCGCGUCCGCGACCUCGCUGCAGAGGCCGAGGCCAAGGCUCUCGCCGCCGCUGCAGCCGCGGCGGCAGAGGCUGCCAACGUCGCCGCCACCAUUGCCGAAGCUGAGCCAGCUGCUGAGGCCGAGUCUGCUCAGAACGAAGACAACGGCGUUCAGGACAUGGUGACCGAGGAUCCGCCGGCUGCCGAGGCUAUGGUCGAAGUCACGGCCAACGACGACGAGGGCAAGACUCUUGCCUCCACCGGCGCCGCCGCCGCUGCCGCCGAUGACGACAACGACAACGAUGAUGGUGGUGCUGCUGCGCCGCCGUCCAAGCGGCAAAAGUCGGCAGCCGGCGACGUAGCCGGGGCCGCCGCUGCCGCCGCUGACUUGCUCCCGCCGCUCUCGCCAGGGGCGGCGUUUGCGCCGCGGCCGCCGGUCACGCUCCCGCAACUCGAGGUCGACGACGAGGACGUGGCCAUCUUUGGCGAGUCUGCUGAAGAUUUUGUGGCCGACACGACGCUGGCCCAGCUGCGGCGGCAGGCCGCGCAAGAGCUCUCGCAGGCCGGCCCGCUACUCGGGCGCAAGGCGCACGACGAGUACGAGUUCCGCAUCUGCGACCGCAUCACCAACAUCGGGCCGAUCACCUCUGCGACGCUCUCGCGCGCGUGCGAAACCACCUUUGGCGCUGUCUACGAGGCCGGCAUCGGCGAGCUCACCGAGCUUGUGGUGUGCUGUGGGCAGGAGCGCUCUGGUGCGCUGGCGGUCCUCUCCACAGGCAUUCGGCCCGACACCAUGUCGACGCUCUCGCUCCUGGGCUCGGCCGCAUGGGCGGUUGAGGUCCGCGAUCCGGCAGCCGAGAAGAACCCCAGGUUCCUGACCCAGACGGUGAUGGUGCCGGCGCCCGUGCCGACCACUGUCGAGGGCGGCGACAAUGACGUCGCUCCCACAAGCGAGCCGAGCGAGCCGUCGUCGGUGCUCGGCAAGCGUGGGCGCGACGCGUAUGAAGAGGGCUCUGCCAAGGAGCCGACCACUGCCGGCGACGAGGAGGCCCAGCCAGCGCCAAUGGCGACGGGUGCGGCAGAGGAUGACGGCACCGUGGUCGCGGGCGGCAUGGUCGAGCACACCGAGCGCAUUCCCGUCGACUUUUCGUGGCACAAGUACUUUGUGGUCUCGUCGGCUGAUGCGACGAUUGUGCUCUCGUCGGCAGGCUUCUCCAUCUCCGAGGUCACCACCGAGCUCGACUACUACCUCGAGGGCCCGACCGUGCUGGUGGCGCCGCUGCUCGAGGCGCGGCGGACGAUCCAAGUCUAUCCGACAGGUCUGCGGCUGCUCAACGAUGUGUCCAACACCCAAGAGCUGAGCGUUGCCGAGCUCUCGGCGCUUGCCAAGAAGGGCGUCGGCGGCAUGAGCGCACGGCUCGGCGGCGGCACAGUGGUUGCCGCCUUUGUCGCGGACCCCUACGUUGUCCUCCGGCUCUCGUCCGACGACAUUGUGGUGCUCCGUGCAUCGGCCGAGUCGAUGCUGCUCGACGUCCUGGAGCUGCCGCCGGACCUUGCGGUCUCGUCGAUUGCCGCGGCCUCGCUCUUUGCCGACAAAGCCGGUGUGACCGCCGUCUCGGACGCGUUUGUCGACGCCGCCCGCGCCGCCCGCAGCCAGCGGCAGGCGGCGGCAGGCGGCGAAGACGCCGCGCCGGAGGCGGGAGCCGUCGCCGGCGACUACGACUCGGACGAGGAGCUGUACGCACCAACUGGCUUUACUCUCGACUCGCUCAACCGCGGCGCCGCUGGCACCGGGCCGUCGGCGGCGUCGUCGCAGCCCGCGGCGGAGCCAGGCGCAACGCCUGCAGCCGAGGCGAGCAGCAGCGCUGGAUCGGGAACGGGACCGGGCGCAGGUGGCGACGACGCGUCGGCGCCGUCGGGCGCAACUGCGGGCGCGCAAGAGGCCGAUCUCCAGUUUGAGUCGUCCGAGGUGUACCUUGUGGUGGCGCGGCGGAACGGAACGCUCGAGCUGCGUCACCUUCCGGAGCUCACGCUCGCGUUUGCGUUCCCGUACUUUAGCCAUGCGCCGGCGCUGGUGACGGACACGCCGCAGGUUGCACUGCCGAACAUUGCCUCGUUUGAUGCCGAGGCGACGCAGGUGACCGAGCUGGCGCUGGUGACGUGUGGGCCUCGGGCGUACCUGGUGGCGUUCCUUUCGUCGAAUGACAUUGUGUUCUACGAGGCGUUUCACUACGACGACGGCGACAUUUCGUCUGCGUUUGAGGGCGAGGGCGAGGGCGAGAGCGAGGGCGGGCUUGCGGCCGUCCGCAAGCCGCACGUGGCCAUCCGUCUCCGCAAGGUGCAGCACCGGUUUGUGCAGGAGGAGGAGAGCCGGGUGGCGGCCGGAGCCGGCGGCAUCUCGUACGGGCGAAUCAUUCCGUUUGACAACGUCGCCGGGCAGUCGGGCAUCUUUGUGGCUGGGCUUAACCCGAUGCUCUGCACCUUUGAGCGGUCGUACCUGCGGAUCCACGCCAUGCAUGUCGACGGACCAGUGCGGUCAUUCACGCCGUACCACUCGGCGAGUGUGGAGCGCGGGUUCUCGUACGUGGCCGAGUCUGGCGCCAUCAAGUUUUCAACGCUGCCCAAGGCGGCCGAUCUGGAGCACGACAUGGUGGUGACCAAGGUGGCGAUGCAGCACCCGGGCACGCCGCGGGCAGUCGCUUCGCACCCGACGUCCAACACGGUGGCGGUGGCGCUCUCGCACGAGGAGAUCAAGCGGACGCACCCGUCGCCGCAGCGCAACAAGGAGCACGACCCGCCCAACCCGCCGGAAGAGCUCCCGCCGCCGCCGAACGCGGCAAUGCCAACGCUGGACGUCUUUGAGCUCGUCCUCUUUGCGCCGGGCGUGUGGGAGGUCAUCGACGUGUGGGCCGACCUCAAGCCGUACGAGCACAUCUCGGUCCUCAAGCAUGUCCAGCUCCGGCACCGCGACUCGGGCCACCGCACGUUUGACGAGACGACUGCCGGCGAGUGGGGCGACUACCUCGUGGCCGGUACCUCGGUCCUGAAGGGCGAGGAGAACAAGGUGUACGGGCGGCUGCUGGUGUUUGAGGUCGUGCCUGUGGUUCCUGAGCCCGGCAAGCCAUGGACCAACCGGCGGUUCAAGCUGAGGGCUGACAAGGCGUGCAAGGGCGGAGUGACUCAGGUGACGGUGGCGCGCGGCAUCUUGCUGGCCGGCAUCGAGCAGACGCUGCUCGGCUACGUGUACAACGCGGCCAAGGAGCUGCUCGAGGAGACGACAUUCCACGACGCACCGAUGUUGACAACCCAGCUGACGGCACUCAAAGACUACGUCAUGAUGGGCGACGUCAUGAAGUCGAUCUUUGUCUUCUUCUUCCGCUCGUCGGAUGCGACGGUCCACCUGCUCGCCCGCGACUACGAUUCGCUCAAUGUGGUCACCGCCGAGUUUAUGGUCGACGGCAAGGACAUGCAUUACGUCGUGGCCGACGACGCCCGCAACCUGCGGUUGUACUCACUGAUGGACACGGUCAUCGACUCGCGCAAGGGCCGCAAGCUCCUGAGGCGGACCACGUUCCACCUCGGCUCGAUGGCAACUACGCUCAUCCGCACCGUCUUCCCACAGCCGAUGACGUCGAGCGGCGAGACGCACGUCAACAUCGUGUGCUCGGCCGACGGCUCGAUCGGCAUGCUCCUGCCAGUCGACGAAAUGAUGUACAAGCGCCUCGCCAUGCUCCACUCGCACCUGGUCACCUCGAUCCCGCACGCCGGCGGCCUGCACCCGGUCGCCUUCCGCCAGCCGCUCGCCAACUUUGACGGCAAGCAAAACUACGGUCGCCCAGUCCUUGAUGCCAACCUCCUCACCGCCUACCUCCUCGCCGAUGCCAACCAGCAGGCCGACAUUGUGCGCAAGUCGGGUACCUCGCAUGCUACCGUUUGGUCGAACCUCCGUGACAUCUUUGCUCCGAUGAUCUCGCUUUUGGUGUAAAGUCAACCGCAACCGCAA